GUCCAAAGUAGCACUGGUGACUGCUGCAUAUAUUCAAGCGGAGGGCUGAGUUAACUCUCCUUCUACUUUAUUUUUCAUUUUUCUUCAGUAGAGCAAAAAACUCAGAAGUUUGUUGUGAAGAGAUAUAUGAGUUUUAUAAAAUAGGAAUUUGUUGUUAAAUAUCCUUAACAUAAUUCCUUUUGAGCUUUUCGCGUCUUUCUUUUUUUCGGAAGCUUGGCUUAUCCAAAUUACGAUUUUGAAAAGAAGGUCAGUUUGGUUUUGAAAAAUAUCUGAUUCCCUUUUAUCCCUCUUUUUUUUGCAUUUUCAUUUGCAUUUUCUUCUCAUUAUUACUUUCUUUUCUCUUUCAUUAAUUGCUUUCUUUUUUCUCAUCUCUCCCUCAUUAUUUAAUCUGUAAAUCUACGUUUUGUCAUCACAUACCUCUCAUUUACUGGAGCAUUUUAUACUAUUUAUACCCAUAAAUUAAGGAUUUAUACGAUUUCUCAUGUUCAAUCCAUUAUCUCUUUUGAUUUCCUUCUUCCUUGUUACGUUUUUUGGAUAUACUGCCGCGCAUACUCCAACAGAAUGGCGAACUAGAAUUAUUUACCAAAUUGUAACGGAUCGUUUUGCUAGAGAAGAAGGAAGUGCAGACUAUCCUUGCAAUCCAGCUUCCAACAGCUACUGCGGUGGCUCAUGGAAAGGUAUUGAACAGAAAUUAGACUAUAUUCGCGAUCUUGGUUUUACGGCCAUUUGGAUUUCUCCUGUUGAUAAGAAUAUUGAGGGUGAUCCGAAUAAUGCUGGUCAGGCCUACCACGGUUAUUGGAACACAAAUUACGAAAAACUAAAUGAACAUUUUGGUACCGAAGAUGAUCUCAUUAGCCUAAUUAACGCUGCUCAUAAGUAUGACAUAUGGGUCAUGAUUGAUACUGUUGUAAACUCUAUGGCCUUUGCUGGUCCUUAUAAAGAUAUUGAUUAUUCCGCUGUCUAUCCUUUCAACAGCGAAAAGUACUAUCACCCUUACUGUAUUAUUGACUGGAAUAAAAAUAAUAAGACAAAUAUCCAGGACUGUUGGCAAAAUUCAGGUGUGCUUCUUGCUGAUUUGGAUGUGGAAAGCAACUCUGUUAAGUCUUAUCUCAAUAAACAUAUUAAACAAGCCGUUCAACAUUAUGGAUAUGAUGGUCUUCGUAUUGAUGCUGUGAAGAUGAUGAACGAAACAUUUUUCCCGGAUUUUGUUAAAUCGUCUGGUGUAUAUGCUGUUGGUGAGGUUUUCGAUUAUGAUCCUAAAGUUAUAUGCGAUUAUAUGAAUUACGAUAUAGGUGUAACCAAUUAUAUUGUCCGUUUGGGCUUCAACUUUAGUUUUAUGGCCCAUGACAAGUUUGAACCAACUGAGGGUUUUAAAACGCUUAAAAAACAAAUGGAGUUGAUUACUACUGAUACUUGUUCGAAGGCUGAUUUAGGAAACAUGCUUAUUUUCUUAGAUAACCACGAUUUGCCUCGUUAUGCUUCUUAUACAGAUGAUCAAGCAAUUAUUAUGUCUGCAUACAGUUUUGCUCUUUUAUGGGAUGGUAUUCCUUCUGUUUAUUAUGGACAAGAACAAGGCUUCUAUGGUGGAACAGACCCUUCUAAUCGUGAAGCUCUUUGGACAUCUAAUUAUGAUCAAACUAAUCCCUACUAUACUAUGAUUAAAACCAUGGUCAAUUUCCGAAAACACGUUAUGGAACAGGAUACCAAAUUUACUAAUGAUCAUUACGACAUUAUAGAUGCCGACGUGGAUCACGUGGCUGCCAAAAAGCAUGAUGUUCUCCUUAUUUAUAAUAAUCUUGGAAUAAAGAGCAAUGGAACUGUUUACAAAGUACCUAGUCAAUACAGCGAAAAAGAGGUCAUUUCCGAUGUGUUUGGUCAUCGAACUUUAACUGUCGGACAGGGAGGUACUGUUACUGCUUCACUUACUAGUGGAUAUCCAAUGGUUUUGUAUCCUCAUACUAAGUUGUCUGACUUCUCAUUACCUACGAUCAAUCAAACUGUCAUGCCUAGCACAGCUCGUCAAAAAACUACUACUGUCUACACCUCGUACUACUCUCCCACGUAUUCUACCCGUUCUUUUGCUGGUUCACAUAGUCUCAUUACAAUGUCCUCUUCGCAUCGGGCUAUCCCCUCGUUUGAGACAUUGUUUUUCGCUUUCGUCUUUACUACCUUAGCCUUCAUAUUCUUUUGCUAAAGGAAAUAAGAUGUUUUUUUGUAAUCUUUAGAAUUUGUUUGAUAAAUACUGUUCUCUUUAUUUGUCAGUUUACUCGAUAAAUUUAGUUUUAGAUAAAUGCAUAACGUGUAA